UAUGGCACACCUUUGGAAUCUAUUUCGUUCUUAAAUAUGGUAUGUUUCACUCUGUACUACAGGAUGCUUGAGAGCAUGUUCGGUCUUUAUAUCUGGUUUCCUGCAUUUUCACUGUGAUAUAAUCCAACUACGGAUUUGUUUCUGUUAAAUUUAUUUGAUGUUUGUUCAAGUUGUUGUGUUUGUGGGUUAGUGUCUUGUGAUUACUUUGGUAACAUUCUGGGUCUUUUCCUAUCCAUGUGUUGCUUCUGCCCCAUUGUUUUUAUCUUCCUCCUUCUUUGCUGGUUUAACAUAGGCCUUUUUCCUCUGUUCUCUUUUUCCCCUUUUUAUUUUUUUUUCCACUUUACAUUUUGGACAAUUUCUACUUCAUUAAUUCUCUUACCUAUUUCUAAUAUGUUAUUAAACUCAUCCAUUGAAAUCUUAAAUUCGGUUACUGCGUUUUUUUUAGUUCAUGAAGUUCCUUUUGGUUCUUUUCCAAUGUGCUGUACCCCUAUUUUACAGCUUCUUUAUUCUCUGCUAUAAAUUUUGAGGCUUGGUUUUUGUUUCUUUAAACGGGAAGCGCAGCCCGGGUUGUGUGUUCAGCUGGUUAGAGCACCGUCCCGCUAUGCCAAGCUGCAGGUUCUGUCCCUGGUCAGGGGUGGUUCUCAGAACUGUCUUGUUAGCUUUUCUAUUUAAGAAUUUUUAGAAUUUCUUCCAGUAUAUUUUAUUAUUACUAUUUUUAUUAUAGAAGUAUAGGGUUGGUCUCAAUAACCUCACCCACUAUUUCUGUAAAUGAUGGUACCCUUCCUUUCAUUUUGAUUUUAGAAUGUGAAAUUUGUGAUUUCGGUCGAUCCUGAGUUAAAGUUGGUAUGAUUAAAACUUACACUGAUUUUCAUGGAAGUGUUGUGGCUACUAUCAGAAUUAAGCUUCUCUGAUGCUUUUUUAGGUUUUCCUUUUCUGAACUCCUUAGCUUCUAUUCUUGCACGGCAUUUAAUCUUACUCCUUUUUUCUAACUUGCUCACAUGCCAUCCUCAGCUCUUAGUGGACACAAAUUCCUCACGUGUUGAUAGUAGAGUGCCAGGUUAGUGCCAAGUCCUGUGCCUUGAACAUAAUAUCUGCCCCUUGUAAAGAUUUACUUCAAAAAUAUAGCUGAAUGAGGUAGUUGGCCUUCUGUAUGGUUGUGUAAUGCAGAGCCUUUAUUUAUUUUUCAGAAAAUACGAUCUCAAAAAGGAGUUAGUUAUACACAGCCUGGAGGUGGGGUGGUAUGGUUUAGUGUGGGUUAGUUGCCAUAGCCAGCCCAGAUGGCAAAGUAAUCAAGGCUACCCUCGAAAAUCUUUCCGGGAAGCACCACAUUGCAUAUAGGUGCACCAGCACAGCAGACUCCGGCACGGCCAGGAUUUCCUCCCGCUUUGGAACAGAUGCUGUUUUUCUUCCUGUGAGCCCCAGAUGAAGUAGUUGGUUUGCAUUUGGGAAUCACAAUAUGUGACAACUACAGCUAAUAUUAGAAUCAUACAUAGUGAGAGAAGUGUUUAUGCUCUGUCAGGCCCGCAUGAACUGGGGAACUGAGGACCAGCCAAGGGAACCAGCAUUUACGUUCUCUUUCUCUUCCACUGCGUAUAGAUGAAUUCAAGACUGAUUGUUCCACUAUGGAUGGAGGGGAUGAUGGUAACCUUGUUAUCAAAAAGAGAUUUGUGACCGAGGCAGAACUGGAUGAACGGCGCAAAAGGAGGCAAGAAGAAUGGGAGAAAGUUCGAAAACCUGAAGAUCCAGAAGAAUGUCCGGAGGAGGUUUACGACCCGCGGUCCCUGUACGACAGGCUGCAGGAGCAGAAGGACAGGAAGCAGCAGGAGUACGAGGAGCAGUUCAAAUUCAAAAACAUGGUAAGAGGCUUGGAUGAAGACGAGACCAACUUUCUUGAUGAGGUUUCUCGGCAGCAGGAAUUCAUAGAAAAGCAGCGAAGAGAAGAAGAGCUGAAAGAACUGAAGGAAUACAGAAGUAAUCUCCACAAAGUUGGAAUUUCUCCAGAAAACAAGAAGGAAGGGGAGAGAAAAGCGGCUGUGAAACCCAUAGAAACCAAGAACAAGUUCUCCCAGGCGAAGCUGUUGGCAGGAGCGGUGAAGCAUAAGAGCUCAGAGAGUGGCCACGGGGUAAAAAGACUGAAAUCGGACCCUGACCCCGAUGACAAGAAUCCAGAAGCACCGUCCUGCGUGUCUCUUGGAAGCACGUCCCUGAGCAGUCCCUCCAUCCACUGCCCCUCCGCCGCGGUCUGUAUCGGCAUCCUCCCGGGCCUGGGCGCCUACUCUGGGAGCAGCGACUCUGAGUCCAGCUCGGACAGCGAAGGCACUAUCAACGCCACCGGCAAGAUCGUCUCCUCCAUCUUCCGAACCAACACCUUCCUCGAGGCCCCCUAGCUCCCGCGUCCCUGCUGCACGGAGCUCCUCCCCGCAAGUGGACUGGAUGGCGCAUCUGCCCUCAGGUGUUACCUCCCUCAGAGAACUUUUUUGCUUGUCCCCUGUGCACAUCGGGACAUUUUUAACCUCGUCUAAAAAACGUGCCGCAUCCGCCCGUGGCACGACCUGCAUCUGGUUUUUCUCUCCACUCCUGUGCAGAUGCCCAGACCCGUCCCUCUGCCUUUUUCCUCACCCGUGUUGGGGGUCGGGGCCGGCAGAAACCCCACUAAAAAUGCCCUGGGAAGAGGGACCGCUGGCUUGCACCAGGUUCGGGUUAUGCUGUUUUCUUGGGUUUGGGGGUUGGUUUGUUUGUUUUUUCCUUUUCCAACAGCACGGGGAAGCAAGGGCCAUUCUUGGGCAGAUGUUAUUUGAAACGUCCUAUUCUAGACGCACACGCUGUUUGGUUGUACUGCGUUGUGGAAAUGUGACGGGAGAGAACGGCCCCAGGUACCGACCUGGCGCACUCCCCGGGCACUGACCGGUUCUUGAUGUUGUGUGACUGAGAUUAAAAACUGCACCUACUGGGGUGUCACUUACCACUCA